AUGUCUUUACUGCGGCAGAAUGUAACGUCUCUGGAGCUGGUCAUGGAUAUUUUAAAACAGCAACUUGAUGCUGGAAAGUGGCCGAACUGUACAGCUCGAAUGCUCAAUAGCGGUAACUUUACACUCCAAGACACUCCUGAAUCACAGUCUUACUUCCAAACUAGUUACGCACCGGCUUUUUUCCUGCAUUGUACAGGAGACGAAAAUCAGAAUAUGACCAGCGUUCAUACAUCACUGAUGCAGACGCUAAUUGCAGAGAGCAGUAAAGCGGUAAGUCAGGGAGGAACAGUACCGUCGUUACUGAUCGGGAAAAACAGCUUUUCUUCUGCAAACUUGCUGAUAUGUUUUGCAGUGUGUGCUGUAUGUGCGGGCUCAUGGAUGCUUCUGCUCGUAUUAUUAUUACUGCCCCCAAACAACCACAAUAGUCGUAAGAAAAUGGUGUUUCUGGGAGUUACCUAUUCAGCUAUUUUUCACACGGUUAUUUUGAGUAAAUCCAUGCAUUCGAUAUUCGAGGGACAGUACAAUGAAAACUAUCAAAACUCUGUGGAAUUCGACGAAAAAGUGAUAGACUCCACGCUUUUCAACGUUAUGUUCUUUUUCACUACCUUGAUCAGCAACCUGAAUUGGCUCCACAUCGUUUACUACAUGUUUCACAACUACCAAAAGACUGAGAGACGAUGGGUGCCAACAAUACUUAGCAAUAGAAACAGACAAAUCAUAGCUGUGGGACUUUUUUUGACCUCCGUCCAGGCGUUCUUGAUGGGUUUAAGACUCUGGGCGAAACAGCGAAGUAGCGAACCUCUUCAAAUAGUGCUUAGAGUGGUCGACCUUGUCAUUUAUGCUCUUUUCACAUUAGCAGUUUCCACUUUCGUGUGGCAGAACUACGGAUUCACACUUCGACCCAAACAGUCGAAUAAAGAUCUGUCGUGGUGGGCGCAAUUGAAAUACAUAUUCGGCGACUACCAUCAACUCGUAUUAUUGCUGGCCUAUAAUGCGGGAGUCAUGGCUUUGUUAUUUGGCGUCCGAAUUUUCACGAGCGCCACGCCGCAAAGUGUUUGCAAAUGGUUGAGAUGCGUACUGAUAUUCCUGAAUGUCUUGGUGACCGUUAAUACUUGGGGUCUCAUCGGUGUUUUAGAGCAACGCGAGAGGGCUUAUAGCAAGGAAACGGUUUUGGGAAGAAAAAUCAAUAACCGGGACAGGUUUUUUGUAGAUCCCAAGAUCAAUUACGACCAUUACGAUAGCACGAUGAUUGACGACCGCUCGAUCCAUUCCCAACCUAUUUCCGUUGCGGUCGAUGUCGAGAAAAGCCGGCCCAAAAAGGGCUUCAGGAUGAUAACCAGGCCUGCGCGCGCUUUCAAGUCGCGACUGCGGGGAUCCAAGCGGGAAGAAGUUACAAGUGGUCAUAAGUCGAGCGUUGCGAGUUCAAAGGACGAUAAGAAUGAAGACUCUGCGAAUAACAGCGAUCAACAUUCCUGCUCCCAUGAUAAUGAGUCUACGGAGACGUUACUGACGAGAAAUUACAUUUUCGAUCAUGGUCAAGGGUAA